AUGAUUACGAAGAGUUGGGUCAUCUUGUCGCUAGGUCGUCGUCGUCAUAGGGCAGAGAGGGUGAGUAGAUUGUUGGGUGCUCGUCGUCGCUUGGUUUGCCGGCAGGAGAGCUUGCCAAAUCGACGAGUUGUGCAUCCAAAUCAUCAAAUCAACUGGGGGCGAAGAGGCCGAGGUCGCCUCUGGGUUCUGUCGACGGGGACUGAGCUCGAGGACUGGCGAUGGGUGCUGGCGACGGAAGCGGCGCUCCUACUGUCUACACGAGAGGCGAAGAAGAGAAUGAACUGA